AUGAAUACGAGCAUGAAAGCGCUACGCUACGAACAGACUGGUUCGCUCGACAAUCUCAACCUCGCCGACGUUGCGCCCCCCACGCUCGCGCCCGGGGAGGCCCUCGUGCAGGUCAAAGCUGCAGGCAUCAACGGGUCGGACUCCGCCGGCGUGCAGGGGUGGUUCCCCUUCGUCACCGUACCUCGCACGGCAGGGCGAGACUUUUCAGGGACAGUCGCCCAGGUCCACUCUGAUGCUGACUCGGAAUGGGUAGGUGCGGAGGUCUGGGGUACCGGUGGGGAUAGGGGGUUCGCGGUGGAUGGGACCUACGCCGACUAUGUCAAGGUCCCCGUAUCCGCGCUCAGCCGCAAGCCCAAAUCCCUCACCCACGUGCAAGCGGGCAGCCUCGGCCUCCCGUGGCUCUGCGCCUGGAUAGCGGUGGAGACGCUCGCGCAGGUGAAGAAGGGCGAAAACGUGCUCAUCAUCGGUGCACGCGGCGGCAUCGGCUCCGCCGCCGCCCAGCUCUGCGCCGACCGCGGCGCCUCCGUCCUGGGCACAUACCGCACCCUCCCACCCUCCUCCUCCGUGCCCGCAUACCUCACGCCCAUCGCGCUCUCCGGCCCCACGGCCAUCCGCGACGCCGCCAAAACCGCGGGCUUCUCAAACAAGAUCGACGUCCUGCUCGACUGCGCGGGGUACGAAGAGCCGUUCAACGACGCCGUGGGCACGAUGACGCCGCGCGGCACGGGGCGCGUCGUCGUCAUGGCCGUGCACCGCCCCGACGGGCAGUUCUCGAUGGACCUGCGCGCGUUCUACACGCGCGCGCUCACGCUCAAGGGGCUCAAGUCGAGCAUGCUGGAUGCGCGCGAGAUCAAGCAGGUGCUGGACGUGCUUGCGCAGAAGUUUGACAGCGGCGCGUUUGAGGGCCCCAGCGAGGUCAGGCAGGUGGAUAUGGGCGAUGUCGGCGCGGUGAGGGCGGCGUUGAGGGAGGUGACGGAGCGCUCGUCGGCCGUCCGGUCAGUCAUUGUGCCGGGUGGCGGUGGAGAGUGA